CUCCCGGACCACAAUUAUUAAUUUUUACAUUCGCACUAAGUCGGGGUCCCCCCCUCCAGGUCACCGCGACCCGCUUUGUGUUGUUCUGAGGUUACACGUGACGCUCCAGGGAGACCGCGGCCACGUGCCGACGACGUGCGCACCCCGCCCCCAGCCGCGCGGCGGCCACGUGACUCGCACCUACGUCACGGGCACCGGGCGCGCGCCCCGCCCCCAGCCGCGCGGCGGCCACGUGACUCGCGCCUCCCGGGCCCAGCCUCUCGCAUAUGAGCCGCCGCGGCCGGCCAGUCCCCGAGCCCGACCGCGUCCCCAGGGACAGGGAUGUCACUGUGAGGGACUCAGCAUGAGCCGGCCCGUGGAGAGGAAGAGCCCGGCCCGAGAGAGCCCCCGGAGACUCUGCGCCAAGCCGGGCAGGGCCACCGAGAUGCGGAAGGGCGCCCGCCUGCCAGGCCUGGCCGCCGAGUCCGACAAGGACUCCGGGUUUUCAGAUGGGGGCUCAGAGCAGCUGGAGUCUGAGGACAGGCCGAGCACCACGUGGAGCCGCAAGGACGGGCACAGCGCACCUACCCCUGUGGUUGUCAUGAAGAACGUGCUGGUCAAACAGGGCGGAGGAUCCUCUGGGCUGCAGUCAUGGAUGGUGCAGUCCUCCUUUGAGGUGCUGCCAGGCCAGCCGCAGCUGCUCCUGCUCCACCCGCCCGCGCCCCCUGCCAGCCCGGGCCAGGCCGGGGACAAGAAGCCCCCCGACACCCGGGACUACCUGCCCAUCCUCAACUCCUACCCCAAGAUUGCCCCCCACCCGGGCAAGCGGGGCCGGGGGCCCGGCCCCGACGAUAGAUCAGAGCCGCAGAAGAGACCCUGCCCGCAGAGAUGGCCCUUGGGGGAACCGGGUGCCCCCAACCCUGCACCCCGGGGCGCCCGGACUCUGCAGCCCGCGCCCACCCGCCGUGUGGCCAAGGUGCCCGGCCUGCCCUCCUUGUGUCCCGCCAGCCCGGCCUGUACCGUGGACGGCACCCUGCUGGGGCCCGCGGGCACACAUUCAUCUCCCCACCGGCCCUCCACCCCAGAGGUCCCCCCACUGCUCCCUGAGCCUCCAAGGCAGAGCAGGCACCGGCGCUUCCAGAACACGCUGGUGGCUCUGCGCAGGUCUGGGCUGCUGGAGGUCACGCUCAAGACCAAGGAGCUGAUCCGCCAGAACCAGGCCACGCAGCUCGAGCUGGAGCAGCUCCGCCAGCACACACAGCUGCUCCUGGAGGCGGCCGGGGGCCACGCACCCCAGGCCUGGGCCCAGCUGCAGGCGGCCCUGGGCCCUACCACCACCACCACCACCACCGUGGGCUCCGGCCAUGCAGCCCUGUAGCCCCCGGCAGGUGAGCGCCGCCCUGCUCAGGUGGCUCUGUGACCUGCUGUGACCUCCACCUCCUUGGCCCCUUCAGCACCUCAUUUGUGAGCCCCCUGCCACCCCUGGCAGUGUUCUCAGCCCUUGUCCCUCAGCCUGCAGACACUCGGGCAGAUGGGGGCUGUGGUGUGGGGCCAGCUGUCACCUUCCAGUGUCCCAAGAGUGACACCUGCAAGUCAGAGAGGAGGGAACCCUUGGUGGGUCCCUCCCCUUUGAGUGACUCAGGCACAGAGGGGAGGAGAGGCAGCUUGUUAGCCUUUGGGUGAAGCCUGAAUGCGCCGGGCACAGGUGGGGCAGAGCCAGCCACUGAAGCCUUCGUUUCCUUAAACUCAAAGGUGAGGGGACAGGGCAGUGUGCUGUAGGACACUGAGACCCUUGGGCAGGACGCUCGCACCGGGGAAGCUGGGAGCUCUGCCACCUGGGGUUCUAGCUGACGAGUGGCCUUCUGGACUCUGAAGAAAGUGGGCACAGGGAGCAUCUCUUGCCCGGGAGUGGAAGAUUCUGUGCAUCUGAGCUGUUCUGCUCUCUUCUGGUGGAGCAACGCUGCCUGUUUCAUGGGAGGGGACCUCAGGGCUUCAUGGCCCUGGUGCGGCCUGUAUGUCUGAGGCUGUCACCCUUGCUUCCAUGAGAGAGAGAAGUCACAGCCUGAUAGAACUUUGGAUCAAAGCUAUCCUGAGUUAGGACAGAUGAGUUCAUAUUUUUACCCAUUUUUCUUCCUUUAUUUUAUUUAUUAUUAUUUUUCUAGAGCACUGUUGCUGAUGUUGGGGAUUGAACCUGUGACCUCAGACCCUCAGGCAUGAAAGUCUUAUGCAGAGCCAGUAUGCAGUUCCCCCAGAAGCCCAUUUUCUUCUCAUAUGUACCCAGAGUUUUCCAUUGUUGCACGUCUUGGUGGUGGGGAGAAGUCUCAGAGCAGACUCCCUUGUCUUCCACUUUGAGUUGGGGUUUGCAGACCCCCACUCCAUUGGAAAGUAGACCAGACUCCUUAUUAUACAACCUCAAACCCAUCAUCCUCUUGUUGAGAACUCUCCCUCAGAGGUCUUGACACACACUGUCUUAGUAAGAAGCUCCGGUGGUCCAGCCUCAUCUUUCUCCUGCAAGGCAGAUGGUGGGAAAGCUUUGCCAAGGCCAGAAGCCAAUGGCCUCACUCAUGGCCACUUGUAAGGGCAGCAGAGCCCUCAAGACCUGAGCCGAGCUGCUUGCACUCUGCUCCCCAGCAUGCCCGACCUAGCUACCUUGAAUCUAGAAAAGAAAGUUUGAGAAUAUCUACAGUCUUCUGGCCAGUGCAGAAUUGCUCUCUCCUCGAGUAUUUCUUUAAGCAGACCCGGCUCAUUUUCAUAUUCCCCUUGGGCCCACGCCCAGUCUGUGUGGCACUCGCGCAGCUCGGCCGUGCCCAGAAGCUUCCUUCCCUGAACCAGCUAGGCAGCCACUGUAGAGAGGGCCCCCAUGAGCAGCCUGGCACCUGUUACAGGCCACCCUGAGCAUCAGAACCCAAUGCCUCUGCUGAGAAGGCUUCCUGGGGGACCGACCUCUCUGGCCCCUCAAAGUCCUCUUCCCAGAUGAAGGUCUGCAUUGUCCUUUGUCCCACGAAGAGGCGGUGACAGCCAUCCCAAUCCUCGCUGCUGAUUAAUGGGGAACAGCAGCUCCACCUCCUGCCUCUCAGUGCUGGGGGAUCUGGGUGUGCCCCCCCCUAUGGAGCUAUGGGCAGGUGACACCGGCAAACACCGGGGGCCAGAGCCAUGUGGACAAGUGGAAGGACCCUGGGGUUGACCAGCAAGCUGGCCAGAUGGCCCUGGGCAGUGCAGGGUGAGAUGCCAUGCCUGGCCCAGCCCUGAGGACUGGCGGGUGGGUCUGCCGGUGGCUUUGAGGGGGAUGAUUGAUCCUGUAGUCUUAACUGUCCUCUGGCUUCCUCAGAGAAAAGUAACUCGCAUGUGCACUGACAUGUCUUCCCAGCUCUGAAUUCUUCAGGUUGGGGGAGUCUUGUCUACCAAAUGUGAAUCCUUCGGAGAAGGUAUGAAGUUUUGCAGAGAUCAACUGUGAAGUGUCAGAGAAAAAAAAUAAUAAAAUUCACUUACUUGAACAUGA